GAUGGGAGAGCUCUUGUCACCGACUUUGGGGUCGCGAGGGUAGCGGAGCACCGCUACUUUGAACACGAAAUGACUCAGGGCCCAGGCACUGAGGGGUACAUUGCGCCUGAGCAGAGGACAGCAGCCUACGAUAGGCCCGCUGAUGUCUGGGCGUUCGGUGUAAUUGCUGCUCGUCUUCUAGGAUUUCCUCAUUGGAAGUGUUUAUCAGAUUCUAAAUAUAAAAUAUCUCUGUCUUUGUUUAAACAUAAGGACCCAUUUUUAGUGAACUUGGCUCUGGCGUGUUUGGAGACAGAUCCUCGCAUGCGCCCCACCUUUGAACAAAUAGUCAACCGUAUUGUUGGGGAGAUAUUUCGCGUAGAGAUGGAGAGGGUUUUGAGCUCAGGGUAUAGAGGUGUGCUGCCGCUGCAGCAGCAAGAUGUUUGCUGCUGUCGUUUCGAGCAGCAGAUCCACCAGAUAGAGCAGCAGCACCAGCUGCAGCAGCAACUGCAGCACCAGCAGCAGCAGCAGCAGCAACUGCAGCAGCAGCAAGCCUGUGGGGCCCCACACUGCUCUGAAGACGCCCUCGCUUCACCCGGAAUUCUACCAGCCCCUGCUUGGUCGUAUAGGGGGGGCCCCCAGGGGGCCCCCCAGGGCUCAGUACCCCCUUUAUCUCUUUCUUUAAGUGCAUGCAGCUCUCCUCGUCAAGCAGUAGCGGGGCCCCCCUCAGAGGAUCUUGAGGGGGGCCCCCUCUUAGACUCGCCAGGGCUUGUAGGGGAGCCACUACCAGCAGCAGCAGCCGCAGUAGCAGCAGCAGCAAAUGCAGCAGCAGCUCAUGCUGCCCAUGGAAGAUCUGUUGUUGCUGCUGCUGCUGCUGCUGCCGCUGCUGAAGCUGCUGCUGCAGAUGGGGCGCAUGCAAGCUUUCAAGCAUCCGAAGCAGAAGGGGCCCCUGAGGGGCCCCUUGUUGGGGGCCCCCCUAGAGCUGCGAUUACUCCUAGAAAGUCAGGGCUCGCAUGCAGCUUGGGAUCAGCAGCAGGUGCAGCAGGUGUAGCAGCAGCAGCAGCUGCUGUUGCUGCUGCACCUGCUGAUGCUUCCCCAGUUGCUUCGCGGUCGUCUCCUAGGAGGAGUUUAAGGGGGCCCCUACUGGGGCCCCGCGUUGCAUCUGCAGGGGCCCCCCAAGGGUGUUUAGGGGGGCCCCCUGCUGGAGAGGGUUCAGAGGGGGGUAGCGAUGAAGGGGCCCUCAAGGGGCAGCAGGGGGGCCCCUCUCCCCUUAGAGGCCGAAAUGGGACGCGCCGCGCGAAGCCCCACACUAGCAGCAGCAGCAGCAGCAGCAGCAGCAGUAGCAGCAGCAGCAGCAGCAGCAGCAGCUAUAGGGCUGAGAGCAGCAGCGGGAGUUCGUAUAGUGGGAGGGGUAAGAAAAGCAAAUUAUACACAAAUAAUAAUCUAAGUACAAGGAGGGGGGGCCCCAUAAGCCCGAGGAAGCUGCUAGAAAAGGGUACAGGGGUUGGGGGCCCCUCAAAGGGGGCCUGCGCUCAGCCGCCGGACAUAGCCAGCGGGGGCCCCCAAAGGCAGCACUACGACACUGUGGGGCCCCCUUAUUACCCUAAGGGGCCCCUCUAUUACCCUAAGGGGCUCUUAAACAGGAUGGGGGGCCCCCCUUACUCUAAUGAAGGGGGCCCCCGUCCCUCUAAUGAAGGGGGCCCCCUUUCCUGUACCCCAAGGAGACAGCAUACACCAAACCAGAAAACCUCUUCUUGCGGCUUCGGCGCCCCUCAAGUUGCUGCUGCAGCUGCUGCAGCAGCUUCAGCAGCUGCAUGCAGCAGCGAAGCAUAUAGCCCCUCCCAGGGGCCCCCAGGGGCCCCCUCCGAUACACCAGAGGGUCUGACAGAAAGGGGGGCCCCCCACCCUUCACGUAAGAGGAGGACCCAAGGACCCCAAGAUAAACAACCAUCAGAGGGCCCCUUAGAGGGGCCCCCAGAGGGGCCCCCAGAGGUGGGGUCAGAGGGGCCCCCAGAGGGGCCCCUAAAGGAGUUGCCAGGGGGCCCCCUGGGUACUACUAACCAUCAGGAGGACCCUUCUAGAGGGGCCCCCGUUGCUGCUGCAGGGGGCCCCCCGGUUGCUGCUGCUGAGGGGCCCCUAGGGGCUGGUUUUCGUUUGAGUAUGAAUCUGCUGGCCGGGGUUUUAGAGUUUUUAGAGCUGCCAGACUUUUUAAGAUGUCUCCUUGUCUCCAGCACCAACCUCAAAACCCUAGAGCUCGAUGGGUUUCUGCUAACCCCUGAGGGUCUGAGGGCCCUUCAGGGGGCCCCCUUGGAGGGCCUCGCGCUUGCAGGCAUUGAAACGAAAGACGACACCUUUCUAGAAGCUCUAAAAGACAGCUGCAAGGGUUUGAAAUCCUUUGGCUUCAUUUGCUAUGGCGGCGAGAAGUUCACUGAGGGGGCCUUGGCGGCGUUGGGGAGGUCCUUAGACAAACUGCAUACAGCACAAAUUGAAGCAAAGAGGCAGAGUGUAGCAGACAUCCUUGUUGAUGCUGCUGUUGCUGCUGCAGCACCCACUCUAACCAGCUUGACUGUGGGCGGCGUCACGGAGGGCUGCGUGCUGCGUAUAGCUCAGCGCGUUGGUUCUAAACUGCAUACAUUUGGCUACACCCGGCUGAACGUUGGGGGGGCCCCCGUGAACGACUCUCUUUUAUCUCUCUGUGCCCUGAGGAUGGGGGCCCUCACAACUCUUCGGCUCGCAGAUGCACUGACACCCAAAGACCUCCAGGGGGCCCCUGGGGGCCCCCACCAGAACCUCCGUUUGUGGUGCUGCGCUCGGCAACAGCAGCCGCUAGUCACGGCGGAGGGCCUCUCACGGCUAAGACCUCUCCUCGGUCAACUGAAGGCUUUGAGCUUGAGCCGAAGCUGCGGCCUCCCCUUCGCCGUCCUCUCAGACAUAGACUGCAUGGUGUUUGCUCGUUCACUCUCUGCGAACCUCCAGGAGCUCGAACUCAACGGGCUGCACGGGGUUUCAGACGCGUUUCUUCACGAGGCGUUGGACGCCUGCGGUUCAGGGGCCCCUGCAGAGGGUUCUGGGGGCCCCCCUUGCAUGCCUUGGGGAGGGGGCCCCCGAAGCAAAAGAAAAAGAAGUAAAGAGCAGCAGCACUCUGAACGCCUUCAUAGUUGGUGUCUAAGAAAGGUCUCAUUUGAAGCUUCUGAUAUAUCCGAUGUGGGGCUACAAACCCUCGCAACCGCACUGGGCCCCAAUCUGUUAAGCUUGUGCCUCAAGGGCUGCCACUCUAUCAGCGAAGCAGGACUCGCAGCUGUGGCCGCUUGCUGCCCUAACCUGGAGGCUCUAAACUUAGGGGCUUGUUCGGGUGUAAACGACAUGAGCGUUACUGAGCUGCUAAAAGGCUGCAGCAAGCUAAGGACAGUAGUCCUAAACGACGCCAGGUGGCAAAGGGUUGCCGGCGGCUACGAAGUCUGCGUCUGGACGGCACGCGAACGAGAACGAAAUCCAAAUGCUCUACUGAAGCUAGAAGACCCUUAA